AUGUUUGCUCUCAUUGAUGACAUCGUGAGUGCUCUUGAUGAGGGGAACUGUUCUGCAGGCCUGUUCUUUGAUCUGAGCAAGGCUUUUGACUCAGUAAAUCAUGACCUCCUACUUGAGAAAAUGAAAAGUAUUGGAAUCAGAGGCUUGGCUCUAGAGUGGUUCUGCUCUUAUUUGAAGGGAAGGAGGCAAUGCGUAAGGGUGUCGUCCGUUGAUGAACAUGGAUUACUACGACAAUAUAACUCACCCGAACGUCCUACAUUGAGUGGUGUGCCCCAGGGUUCCAUUCUUGGCCCUACUCUGUUUCUGUUGUUUGUAAACGAUCUCCACACUGGAAUCCAAUCGGCCAGGGCUUUCCUUUAUGCCGACGACACGUCUCUCGCAUUGUCCGGCCCCACUGUGGAAUCCAUAGAACAAUUAACAUUUGCAGAGGCCAACAGUUUAGCUCAGUGCUCGAAUGAGCAAGAAAAGAAGUCGGAAGUAGAGCGAGACCCUUUUGGGCGAAGCUCCAAGGUCCAGAGAUCGCCAACAUUGAAAGGCGUGAAGACGUCCCCUCCACCUGCAACUUUCAGGUGUACAAAGGACUUGACCUUGGGAUCUCCCUUGACAAGUGGAGAAGGAAACGGUGGACCACCCUCUAAGUCUGGUGAAGGGAUGCCGGAGGAAUCCCUAACAGCAGCGUUAGAUUUGGAAGUGUCGGGAAUGAACGGGCCUUUCUUGAACCAAAUGAAUUAA